CUCCGUUCCUCUUUCCCGUUUAUUAUCGCCAGAGGUCGCAUGGCAGAGGGAAGUCCGACCACUUCUGCACUGGAACCAAUGCAAGAAUAUGCACCUCCAUAACAAAGCCUGCGCGCAGCCCUGAGAGCAGUUGGAGAGCACAAAGCUGCACGUCACGGUUUACGCGCUGCUCUUAUCUUAACAGAGAGGAUCAAAGUUGGAGUUUUUUCUCUCUUUUUUUGUCUUCUUUUAUUUGUUGUGGAACAACGGGAUAGUUUUGCCAACACGUGCGCGCCCGCGCGUGUUUGUGUGCGUGUGUGCGUGUGUGUGUGUGUGUGCGCGUGCUUGCGCGCGUGUCUAUGACAUUUGUGUUUCGCAUCCCGGCGCGAGGCUCCGAGGAGGACUGCGCAUCACCAGAGUUGGUGCCGAAGUUCGGCCGCGAACGGAUGUGUGAAAAGAAGUGUACCGAGUGAAACUUCCCCCCCUCUUUUUUUUUUCUUGUUUUUUUUUGUUCUUGUUUGUUCUCGUUGUCUCUCCUGCCUCGGCGUUGUGUGUGCGUGUGUGUGCGCGCGUGCGGAGACGAAAGCGAGUCAAAAGACGCUGAAAGUGAUUUCAUGCCUUCGGUCUCGCACCACCUGAGAUGGACGUGAGAUUUUAUCCUGCUCCCCCGGCAAACGUGGGUUCAUGCUCCCUGCCGACUGAUCCAAGUUGCCUGAGCUCGUUGGAGUAUUACCACUCAAACAAGGGCCGGUACACUGUGGGUGAACGAGGGGUUAGGCUCCACACUGCCCACCCUGCAGGCAUCAAUCCAGCUAGGAAAAGACUGCCCACUGCUGUGUUUGAUGGUGACAACAUGUACAUGAAUGACAAUAACCAAGACUUUCGGUCACCAAACCAGAGCUACUCCAGUCAUGGUAGAGGCGGCAGUGGCGGAGGAGCGGGGGACGAAGACUACGAGAUCCCCCCCAUCACCCCGCCCAACCACGCAGACCCUUCCCUGCUGCACCUCAUGGAGCACGAAUCAGGUUACCCUUUCCACUCCCUGCCUCACAACAGCCUGCUCAACGGCUACUCCUACCCCGAGCUGCCCGCCCUCAUGAUGUCCAACAUGCUGGGUCAGGACACCCACCUCCUCUCCGGGCCCAUGCACUCAAUAAGCAGUGAGAAGCGGGCCUCAGCAGAAAUGAUGAAGCCCAAACCCAAGCCUCAGAAGAAGAAGAAGAAGAAGGACCCCAACGAGCCACAGAAGCCUGUGUCUGCCUAUGCUCUCUUCUUCAGAGACACCCAGGCAGCCAUCAAGGGGCAAAAUCCCAAUGCCACCUUCGGUGACGUCUCCAAGAUAGUUGCGUCCAUGUGGGACAGCCUAGGAGAGGAACAGAAGCAGGGGUACAAGAGGAAAACCGAAGCGGCUAAGAAAGAGUACCUGAAAGCCUUGGCCGCGUACCGAGCCAGUCUGGUUUCCAAGACAUACAAUGACCCUGAACCAAAAAGUGCCCAGCAGAACAGCCAGUCCUCCCACAUGUUGCCCCCGAAGCAGCCCCUGUACAGCGUGCCCCCCCAGCCCUCCUCACCCUACCUGGGCCCGCCGGGCUCCUUCCCCCUGUCAGACCUCCAGAGCUACGCAGGGCCGCCCCGCCACACCCUGGCCCAGACCCUCAGCCAGUCCCAGAUGCUGCCGCCCAGCAUGAGUGCCUCUCCCCCAUCUCCCUUCCAGAUCAGCCCGCCCCUGCACCCCCACGCCCAACUCUCCCUGCAUCAGAGCUCCCUGCUCAACCAGCCAAUCCGCAUGCAGCAGUCGCAGCCAAUCAUCUCACACUCACACCAAAUGGGGCUACAGCCGCCUCUGCAUUCCCCCCCUCUCAGCCAACAGGGAUUCUCCCAUAUUCAGGCUGAUUACCAGAACAGUGUCGGAGGCUCACAGUCUCCAGGGGCCCCCAACCCAGCGCAUGGCCAGACCCCCGACUGGGACAGCGAGUACUGCAACAGGGACUGUGGACCUAACCACUGCGGCAGUGGCAUGGGAGCUCGGGACAAGCCUCUCUACCUCACUUGAAGUUGAAAGACCUCCAAAUAUCAGACUCCAGGGAGCUCUCCACCAUAACAACGACGUCAUCGAUGUAUCUGUUUCUACACCGUUUAUUUCCUUCAUUUUUUUUUUUUGUGGCGGAUUCCGAAAAAUCCCAAAGACUUCUACGGUAACUUCAGCUAUUUGCCAAGCACUUAGAUCGGCCUGAGGCACUUCCCUUACGUUUCCCCUCAUCAGUGGGCUUUUUCACUUUUCCGUGGGGGCAGUGAGCUUUAAGCUCGUGCCAACAUACUGGAAAUGAAGACCAAAAAAAAAAAAAAGAAGUCUUCUCAUUCUUUUUUGAAUUUUCUUAGCGAUGCUCUCUCUUCCGUUCACGCCAUUACUCUGUGUUUGCGAUGGAUUGCCCUCAUCAGGGGGUAGAAAUGCUCUAAGCAUACGUUAAAUUAAGGGGUUUUGGGCGGAAAAGCUGAAGCAGGAAAAUAGAAUAUCGUCACCUCAGCUGGGGUGGAUACACUUCAGGACAUACCGAAACACAGCAGAGUAAAAGCAAAGUGAAAUUUUAAAGAAGUCACGGACACUUGAGACGUUUGUAAAUCAUCCUCGCCCCAAGUUAAAGGACUCCCUCUUUUCCUUUUCUGUCUCACAGAGUGAUGUAAAUAUCACCACAAUGGAUUCCCUGUUAUGUGUGUAUUUAGCUGCAGUCCCCUUACUUUCUUUUUUUAAAGAAACAUUAUUUCGGUUUGGCCAUGUGAUUUUCGUGCAGGAGGAUUCAGCGAGUGAACACACACACACACGCGCUAGAAGUUGCGUUGAAUCCGUGUUCACUGGUCUCGUUUGUCUCCGCACGACAGAGAACUGCGAAGACGCUAAAACGCUCCGUUUCCCGUUAACUGUCAGACCUCUGAUAGAACGCGUCUCUCUCUUCACAUGGCCUCAGGACGUGACAGAACUGUAGAGGUCAAAGGUUGACACCUCUCAUUUAGCUCCUCCUCCUUUUGGUCAAUAAGGACCGCCCCUCCCCCCCACCUGUAAACCCGCUCACCUUUCCUUAGUCCUGACACCACUUGUACAGGUGAAUAAAAAAAAAAAGUUGCUAAAUGUGAAAUGUUACUAAAGAAAAAAAAAACAUAACAGUGGGUUUUAAAGUUUUUGACUAGUUUUAUUAGGUGUUUUAGAAUUGUGUUGAACUCAUCUUUAUCAUUUUUUGUGAAGAAAAAGAAUUCUAAAGAUAUUUUGUUUUUUAACUGUAGCAGGAUUUUUUUUUGCAUUUUGGAGGAAGAGUCACGGAGGGGUAGAUAUUUCAAGUUUGUUUAUAAACCUGCCAAAUGUACUUCUUUAAUUUGAAAAGCCGGUUAUGGGAGAACCCAUUUUUUUUUUCCAAUAUCAUAUGUUUUAUGAUAUGGUCAUUCUAUUUAAUUUGGUUGCAAUACAUCUAUUUAUGAUGAUAUGAAGUACCAUUUUGGCUUAUUUUCAUCAGGGUGCAUUAUUAAUGUUAUUAUUAUUAUUGAUCAAACAAUAUUAUUAUUAGAAUAAAAAAUAUUUUUUCAGAAAUUGUUGUUGGUGCAAUACCGGUGUACCAGCAUUAGAUUCUUUUUGUGUCACAAAUACUUCUUUUGUUUUCUUUUGUCUGUAAUAAAAUGUUUAAAGUGGAGAAAAA